AUGCGUACUACGUUUACAGUUGAUUCAGCUAAGGAAGGUAUUGAUGUCCUCCCGGAUUCUGGCUGCUCUAAUGAUGAUCUCGGCGGUCCAAAAGGCAAUGGUGGUGGUGGAGGCGGCAAUAAUGGCGGUAAUGAUAAUGAGGGCAGUGAGGGAUAUGGCGAAAGUGAUGAUCACGAUAAGGCCAGCGGAGGAUCAGCCUUGCUAUUGUAUUGUGUUUACACAAUGCUUCCAACUAAUCCCGUUUUGGCAUCAAUUAUUGGUUUUGGGAUGUCGGCUUCUCUUCUAGGAGUGAUGGGUUCGCGCUUUAAGUCCAGGAAGAUUUUUCCAGCUGGUAUAGUCUCCUUUGCAUCACCUGUCAUGAGUACUGGCUAUCUGCAUGGAAUUUUGCAUAGUGUGCUUUGA